UCACCUCUUUGCCUAGUUAUAUUGCCUAUAUAUACAUUUACAUAGAAAGUUGUAGAAACAAUAAAACAUCUUCCAAACAACCGAUGAAUCCACUUUUCUUCUAUACCACUCUUCUUUCUCUUCUUCAUCCUGCUUUUACUAGUGAAGAAUUAAAUGUAUCACCCUACUAAAUCCAUCAAGUUAAGGGCAGCUAAUAAACUUAUGAUAGGUGUAAUACAUAACCGCCGCCGCCAACCGAAGAGGACUCUUCGGGGAUUGAGGAAAGUUAACCCUAAUAAAAACAACAAAACCACCGUGCCGUUUUCGAGUUUGGUCGACGGUAAAGCGGCGAGUUUUAGCAACUCGGCCGCUUCGAGCAGUCCGCAACUAGACAACUACGAGGUGUCCUCAUCGUCUUCGUCGUCGUCACCAUCGUCUACAACAACGACGUCCCCUCAAGAUGAUCAUCAUAACAGUGUUAGUGAAGGGGAGCCAACAUUGGGUAUGGUUAGAACUGAGGAGCAAACCAUAAAUGAACCGACAAACACCACCAUCUCUCACGGCGUAAUCUCCGUGAUCGGACGCCGAAGAUCCAUGGAGGAUGCUGUGACUAUUGCCCCUGCCCUAGUCCAAGUCACUAAAUUCCAUCCCAGCAUGAGAAACAGCUUGUCCGAUGAGUUGAUGAGUUAUGAUUUCUUCGCCGUGUAUGAUGGACACGGGAGCCACAGGGUAGCACAAAGGUGUAAGGAGAGGCUCCACCACGUCGUGGCUGAGCAACUCCUUAACGCGGGCCGAGUGGAUCACUGGGAGAGUGUGAUGACCACCAGCUUUUCUAAGAUGGAAGGUGAGGUAGCAGCGGAGGCCGAGGAGGCGGUAGAGUCUACCGCAUUGGUGGUUAUGGUAGGCAAGGAGGAGAUUGUGGUGGCUAAUUGUGGUUAUUCUAGAGCUGUGUUGUUCUGUGACGGCGCCGCAUUGCCCUUAUCACGUGAUCGUAAGCCUGAUGGACGAGAUGGAGUCAAUGUGAUGUCCGUUCCUGAGGUGACAGUCCACAAGCGCAGCGCAUCAGAAUUCUUCAUGGUGAUUGCUAGUGACGGUUUAUGGGACGUGGUUUCCAACGAAACAGCCUGCGACUUAGUGAGGAAGUGCUGUUCGGGUGAAGUAGUUAGUAGAAGAAUGGUGGAAGGCUCAAUAGGCAACUGUGCAGCUGCUUCUGCUGGAAUGCUCGUGGAGUUAGCUCUUGCUCGCGGCAGCCAAGAUAAUAUUAGUGUCAUAGUGGUUGAAUUCAGCAAGGCUCAAGGCAAUGCCGGAAGCUCAGCUACCUGAUUGAUAGUCUGAAACUUAGUUGUAUGGCUAAUUAUUUUAACCCUUCCCUGAAUUACAUUAUGCACUAUACUCUUACAAUGUGUAAGUGUGCAAUAGUAAUGUUCUUCCUUGACUUACUAAGAGCAAGAAACGUUUUGUUGGGAGUGUUAAAAUCAUUUCCCGUCUUUAGCAUACGUGUAUCAUAUUAGACUUUCAGUACUCUCCUUGUUAUAUUGUGUUUUUUUAUCUAUCGAUUACUCUGCAGUACGAUAGUUUUAGCA